AUGCGAGCCUACCCGACCAGCGCGGUAGGCGGCGCCGUGGCCACGUUCCUGGCAGGGUUUUUGGCGCACGACGUGCUGGGGCCCGCGCUGGUGCACGAGGCGGGCGGCCUACCACCGCGCAGCGGGCCAGGCCACGAGCUGGAAGACAGCUCGACCAGCAGCACCUCUACGAGCACCAGCGCCGCGCUGGCUUGCUUGUGCCCGGCGCCGCCGGCGCCGAAGGAGCCCGAGCCGUCGCCGCUACGAGUGGCGGGCACGGGGCUCGAUUCGACCGUGGAGGUGCCGCUUGCCGUGGCGCUGGGUGUCGGGGCGCUGGUGACGCUGGCCGCCGCAGCUCGCUGCUGGAGCCGAGUGGAGGACCAGGCCUUAGCACGGAAGGUGCUCGAGCCGAUAGGUGAAUCACGCUGGCAGAUUUACACGCCUGGCAACGAGUUAUAUGCUGAGGACUUCGGAGACUACGCCUCGCUCAUCCCCAUCACGGGGCGGAGGCGUUACCCACCGGGCGUCAGGAACGUGGUUGCGUUCAACAGGAGCCUGCAGGCAGCCGAGCUGGUCUCGCUCAUCAGGCGCGGUCGAGGAGAGGCCGUCCUCGAGCACGGACCGCUAGCGAACGGCUGGUGGGCCGGCUCGGGGCAGGACUGGCUCGGAGGCAGGUUGGACAUCCCCGCGCCGACGGCUGUGGAGGUGCCUCGCGCGCGGCGUCGCUUGCACAGGAAGGGCGCGGAGGACAGCGAUUUCGGACAGAUGGUGCCCUUCUCAGCUGCUGCCAUCCUGCGAGGCCGCUACGGGCUCGACAAGGAUGAGAUGGGUGAGCGGCGCCCCAUAGAGUACGUGCUGGACGAUCAGGCCGACAGCUGGCGAGAUGACAAGUUGGUGGCGGCGGAUCGGCAGCGACCACCACGAAGCGCCCUUGACGAUCGGCUCUUCGGCAACGGCGGGGGCGGUGCCGCCUCGCCCCCUGGGGGGCCCACGGUUGCGGCUGUCGCGGCGGGCACUGGCGAAGAGCAGGCCGAAGAUCUGCGCGCGUGCUGGAUCGACGUCGACGAGACAGGUUCGAGGUUCAAGGAGGGGCGCAAGGUAGUGCAGGAGAGUAUGCAGGAGGUGUUCUCUGACUCGAGCCUGCGCGGGCCGCCUGCCUGCCUGGAGGUGUGCCGCAAGAUGUAUCGGCACGGCGGCGCGCCCAAGAUCUGGUUCCAGGAGUGGUGCGAGGAGACAGGGAUCUCUCGACGGGAUCGUGCUUACCACGAGGUGCAGACGCUCAUCGAGCGCCUGUGCCUCGCGGGCACCUAUGACCAGGUGAACGUGGGAGCUCUGGCAUCGCUGGUGGUGAUCGCCCGCCGGCUGCUGCAGUGCACGGAGGCAUGCGCGCACGGGGCGGACCACGCGAACUGGGCGGCGGCGAAGCACCUGGCGGGGACGACGAAUCCUCUGGACCUGGUGCCCGAGGCGCUGCGGAGCUACGCCGGCCGCCUGAGCAAGGAGGAGCACGAGCUGGGGGCGCUGCGGGCGCGGGCAAAGACGCCAGCGGCGGCGCUGGAGGUGGCGGGGCUGGGGGCGGUGCCGAUGCAGGCCGUGGCCGUGGCCGCGGCCGAGGCCGAGGCGGGCGGGGUCGAGGCCCCCGCCCGCCGUGCUCAUGGCGUCCUUGGCGAUCGGGCACCAGCGAGCCUGACAAGCCAUAUGAAGAUGGAUGCCAUUUCGGCGGACGUGCAGCAGCGCGUUUUCUCGGCGGCUCGCCGGUGGAUAGACGUUGACAGCGCCGUCAGUGAGGAGGGGGCCCUUGCCAGGCUUCUCAAGGGCAAGGCGGGGUAUGCCCCCCUUGGCUCGACCAGCAUGGGCUCCUACGAGUACUCGCGGGUGAGCUUGCCAGAUAGUGUCGUCGACGCGCCGCCCCUGGCCGCCAUGCCCCCCGCGCAGGCGCAGCAAUACCUCGAGGAGUUUGCUUCCAGGGUGCUGCCGCCGCCUCAGGAGGCAGCACUAAUGCGAGAACUUGAUGGGCUUCCUGGUUGUCACGCCGACCCUCUGCUGCUGCAACGGCCGCGGAGCUAUGGGAAGUUCGUGCGGCGAGCGCUUUCGAUAGGCUUAGUCACUUUGACACAGAGGCCUAAGAGCGUAUUUGGAUUAUUCUUAGUGAAGAAGAGGGAUGGGGCUCGUCUUCGCCUCAUCGUCGACUGCAGGCGGAGCAACGCCUUGUUCCGCCCUUCUCCCGGGGUCGACUUGUUGUCGGGCGAGGGGCUCGGCCGCGUAGAGAUGCCCGUCAUGGAGGACUCCAGCUUUGCCGGGCUCGGCGCGGUGCUUGGCGUGGGCGACGUGGCCGACUGUUUCCACAGGAUGAAGCUGCAGGGCGACAUCAGGCACUACUUCUGCUGGCCGCCACUGGAUGCUGCUCUGGCUGGAGAGACAUUGGUCGAAGGGCGCCCUGUGCGCGCCGGCGAGCAGGUUUGGCCGAUGAGCCAGAGCCUGCCAAUGGGCUUUCCGUGGUCCCUGUACUUCGCCCAGGCCGCCAACCAGCGCAGGCUCGACCGACAGCCGUCGUUGGCGGGCAGCCUGCGUUUGAGCGAUCGCGGGCCGCCGCAUGUCCUUGGACGAGGUACCGUGGGGUCGGAACUGGGCCACUACAUGUACGUCGACAAUGCAGGCGUGAUCGGGUUCGACGCAGCGCGUGUGACCUGCGCGCUGCAGGAGGCCCAGCGCGACUUCGAUGGGGAUCAUCUGAAGUUCCACGUGGUGGAGGUGAUGCCUGAGGGAGGUCGCACCCUGGGCUGCUAUCUCGACGGCAGGCACCGUGCGACCCGCCCUACUGACGAGAGGUUCGCCAUGGUGCGGAAGGGGUUGAGGUGCUUGCUGAGGAGGCGCAAGGUUGCCGGCUGGCAGCUGGAGAUGGUGCUGGGCCACAUGACCUUCAUGGCCCUGGUUCGCCGCGAUGUGUUGUCCAUCUUCCACUCGGUCUACGCCUUUGUGGCGCAGAACUACCAUGCCUUCUCCGAGCUGUGGCCCACCGUGCGUGAGGAGUUGAACUGCCUGGGCAUCAUGUUGCUGCUGGAGUCGACCUGGACCAGGCCGUGGAUGCCAGUGGUCUACUCCUCCGACGCCAGCCUGUACGGCCACGGGGUGGCGGAGGCCUGCUUCGGGACCGAGACGGUGGCAAAGAUCGGCCGCGUAUCGGAGCUGGCGCGACGCUGGGAGCUGGACCCGAGCUUCCCCGAGGUGCCCAGCUGGCUCCUGCAUGACUCGCAUUGGGCCACGGUCAUGGCCGACCGCUGGGCCUUCGCCGAUGAUAUCCUCAGACUUGAGGCACGAGCGUUGGCAGGCCGCAGGCGCACGCGGGCGCUGAGCAGCCCUGGUCGCCGGCUGGAUUCAGGAGGGCCGCCGCCAGCGCAGAGGUCCCGCACGCUGGACCAGAGGCGCGGGCUGGCCGCGAGGCUGGUGCUGGAGGGCGCCGCCCGACCGCCGCUGCAGAGCUCAGUGGAAGCUUGCUUGCAGCUGAGCCCUAGCGGACCACACCUGGCCGACCAGGCCGUCGCCGGCCACGGGGUUGCCGAGGUCGCGGCGGAGAGCGAGAGCAUCGAGAGCAGCGACGUCGAGGAGCCGCCGGCUGCCGCGCGCUCCCGCAGGCGUCUGGAGACGCGCGGGGAGGCUCGGGUCAGGAAGGCGAUCGAGGUGCUGGAGACCACAGAGGCGGGCAAGGGCGACGCGAAGCUGUGCAUCAGCUACCUCGAGAAGAGGACGGUGGGCGCAGGCGCCCUGGAGACCUACCGCCAGUGCGUGCUCGCAUUCUGCGUCUGGGCCCGCUGCUGCCUCACAGCCCUGCCCGAGCUCAAGGAGCUGGACGGCCAGCUGGUCGAAUAUAUGAACGAAGAGUUUUUGAAGGGCGUCAAGGCCUUGCGGGGCGAGAAGCUGCUCGCUGGGCUGAUGUUCUUCCACCCGGACUUCGGCCGCCUGGGCGGUUUGCAUCUCCCGAGGUCUUUGCGCUGCCUGAAAGGGUGGAAGAAGCUUUCGCCAUCUCGAUCUCGGAAGCCCUUGGUGUUCGCGAUCUGGGCGGCGCUGGCAGUGGAGCUCUGCCGCCUGGGGGCGCCUCUGGUAGGCGCAAUGGUGCUAAUCAUGGUGGAGUGCUACCUUCGGCCGGGGGAGAUGCUGAGCCUCACGAGCGAUUCAUUUCUGGCACCGGCGGAGCAUGCAGUACAGAUCUGGGUCGUAUGGCUUUUUCCAGAAGCUGGGGUGGCUCGGAGCAAGGUGGGGUCAGCAGACGAUACCAUUCCUUGCGACUCAGGACGGUGCCCGUGGAUGUGUCACAUCUUCAAAGCUCUGAAGGACCGCCAGUCAUCCCGGCCCCUCCUGGAUUUGAGCUACCCGCAGUUCCUGUGCCUCUUCCGGAGAGCGGCCACGAACAUCGGAGUCGACGUCGUCCCAUACCAAGGCCGUCACAGCGGAGCAUCGCUGGAUCGGGCCACGGGGCGACGCUUUCUGGAAGAGGUUCAGAAAAGAGGGCGAUGGGCUGCGAUGAGUUCGGUGAAAAGAUACGAAAAGUCAGGACGACUGAACGAGAGCUGGGAGAAGCUGAGCGACGCCUCCAAGGCGCACUGCGCUGCAGCGGCCAACCUCCUGCAAGAGGUAUUGCUGCUGGGGCGCCCCGCGCUUGCGCCGCCGUUCGGCGGCCGAGAGGGCUGUCGCGGGCUCCGCUGA